AUGAUAUUGACAAGUAAAAUUGAUGAUACCGUUCCUCCUCUUUGGAUGACAUUCUUUACACGCAUUCAGUCGGCAAAGAAAAUUAAAAGGAAUCUGUGUGGCUGUUUUUCUAAAACUUUGUUCGAAAAACUUUUUCCAGAGACAGUUAACUUACCCUGUGAUAUUUGUAAUAGGCAUGAUUUCAUUCAUUUCGAAGAUGUUGGUAAUUCAAAAAACAAUUUUACAUUCAUUGUAAAAAGAGAAUUAAAUAUAAAUUUGACGAACGAACUUAAUACAACAAAAAAUGACAAUAUAACAACUUACGUUCCAACUGUAAAAGUCGGCAGUAACAUCAAAAAUGCAUUUUUUAAAGAGUUUGACUAUAAAAAUGUUUACAAAUUAGAGACUGUAAAUGAACAUUCAAACGAAAUAAAUAUAAAUUUGGCGAACCAACUUAAUACAAUAAAAAAUGACAAUAUAGCAGCUUACGUCCCAACUGUAAAAGUUGGUAGUAACAUCCAAAAUGCAUUUUUCAAAGAGUUCAAAGACUACCAAAAUGUUUACAAGUUAGAGACUGGAAAUGCACGUUCAAAUGAAUUUAAUAGAAUCAAACAGGUGUCCUUCAGCAACAAUAUAAAUAAUAUAGUACUUAGCAUUGAGAGGAAGUAUAAUCCAUAUGACCAGCUGCAAUAUGAUAAAAAUUUUGAUGAUGAAAAUGUUUAUAAAUUAGAGACUGUAAAUGAACAUUCAAAUGAAUUUAACAGAAUCAAAGAAGAGUUUGUUGGCAACAAUAUAAAUAGAAUACAUAGCAUUCAGAAGGUACAUAAUCCAUACUUAUUACUGCAAUAUGAUUUAAGAAAGCUGGAAUAUGAAAAAAGGGGAAGAAGAUAUAAAGAAAAAAGGUUAUUUCAUGGCACAAAGAAGUCUAAUAUUAGUGGUAUUUGCGAAAGAAAUUUUAAUUGGAGAUUAACUGGUAGUUCCACAGGGCAUUUAUUCGGGCAAGGUGUUAAUUUUUCACCCUGUGCCAAUUACUGCACGCACUACGGCGACCCAACUUACAACAAAUGGAUGAUUCUGGCGUUAGUCAUUGUGUCCAAAUGUUGCCUGGGAACAUCAGAGAUGAAGAUACCACUCGACGGAUGUGAUACAAGUAUAAAAGAAAACGGACUAGUAUAUGUCAAAUAUGAUGAUAAUAGCUAUUAUCCACAAUAUCUUAUACAUUAUGAAAGUAAUUUAUGUAAAUAA